CCUUUUGUGAUGUGGGGAGGUUUUUUUUUGUGCUUACAAAGUGAGAACGCCUUCAUCGCAACCUGUGAACUUGAUAUGAUCAUGUUGGUCAGCAUCAUCAGCACAUGGAAUAGCACCUCUAACCCCGGGCAUUUAGGUGCGCCCGAACUGUCCGGUCUCCGCCUAUGAUUAGAAAUGCACCGACAAUGUCGCAAUAACAGCCCCGCAUUGAGACACAGCUGCACAUGGACACAUGAUAAAGUGUCCUUCUAUCCCUAAGUAGAGAGCCGUGUUGAGUUUAACAGAGUCAUUCGCAACGGACCAAAUUACAUCACAAUCCUGUUUAAGAGAGACACAGCUUGAAACGCAAAAUGACGACUGAAAGCCCCAAGCUCAAGCUCUACACAAACCAUGCAUGCCCUUGGGCACACCGCGCGCACAUCGCCCUGUCAGAGCUCAAUGUGCCGUUCGAAGAGGAGAUCAUUGAUCUCAGUGUUCCCCGCACUCCGGAGUAUCUGAAGGUGAACCCGCGGGGUCUCGUUCCUUCACUUUCAUACAACGGCGAGAUCAUCACCGAAUCCGCCAUCGUGUCAAACUUUUUGGCCGAUGCUUUCCCUUCGCACCUGGUUCCCAAGUCCACCGACCCUAAUGGGCCCCUGGUGCGUGCCAGGAUUGCCUUCUUCGUUGACACCUACUUCUCCAAGGCCGGCGGCCACUUCUUCAAAGCCUACGCCGGAAAGACGGACGAGGAACAGAAGACUGCUGCCGAGGAGUACGUCAACGCCAUUGUCAAGGAGGUCGAGCCUCUGCUCUCUGAUGCCGCACCAUUCUUUGGCGGCUCGAGCAAGUUGACACUCGCGGAGGUGUUAACUGGCUCUUUCAUUCUGCGACUUUACAGCUUGUCGAAGUAUGGCAUCUUUCCGGAGAGCAUUUUGAGCGAAAUCUCUUCGAAAGCCCCAAACUUCGACAAGUGGGCGAAGGAGGUUGCCAAGCACCCAAGCGUCACUUCAAUCUGGGACGAAGAAACGAAUGCUGCUAGGACGAAGGAGAGGGUGGCCAAGUUGAGAGCGUAAUCCUAAGUCUGAGCUGCGCCUUCCGCUUAUACCAUAUCACAUCUACUUUGCCGUCAAACUUUUGUGUCACAGCUUGAAGGUAGAUGAUCAUGCUGAUAAGAUAUUCCAAAUUGUUGAAAUCAAAUUACUCGGAAUGAUUGCCGUCUUGGUAUUGACAAGAGCAAGCUAAAAGACGAGGCUUGGCGCACCAAGCAUUGGCGAGGUCUAGAAGAUCCGUAGAGUUGAAUAACAAACCCGGCAAGCCGGCCAGUUGGGCUGUGCUGGCAAAUCAAAACCUCAUGACUUAUGACACUAGUUUCCACGAUUACAGUAUUCUCUCGGCCAGCCAAUAUCACUACUUGGCUGAUGUCACCCAGGGAUUAGAAGACGGUGCACUACCAACUUUGGCUCAAUGACUCGUGGCUAGUGGUCUAUACUUUUGACUUCUCGCCAGCGUGCCUCAUACGAUAGUGUGAAGC